AUGUCAACGGUGGCCUGUGCGACUAGUUGCAGACGAGCCCCCCGCGCCCCGCGUGGGACGAUUCCACUUUUCACAGCCUUCGCAGACUGCAUGAGAGCACUCCGAAUUCAUGCAACUUCCGUAUCGAUUGCGGCCAUCAGGACCGUCGCCAUAGCCACAUUUACAACAAAUCCACACUCCAUUCUUCUUUCGAUGCCAACACUCUCUCUUGUUACACAGGCCUUGGUUUUGAUCUGAGACAGUGGUGCUCCUUUCAUUGCACAUAUUCCUUCUUCUGGUUAUGGGGUUCAUUGUCGCAUUUCGGCAAUAAGACGGUUUUUGAGAAGAAUGUCCGCAGCGGUGAAUACGUCUAACCAUGUGGCACAUAUCGUUUGUGUGCUUCUUGUUUCGGUAAUGCGUAAUGCGAGUGUUGCACUACCCUACGAGUGCGGGUACGGAUUAGAGGUUCUACCGCGUUUUCUUGGGAGCCUGCGCCCUUCUUGAACUGCUGCCUGUCCCUUUCGGUUCUGAUGUCGAGCGUCUUGAAUAGCGAGGCAAAUCACUGCGCAACUGAGCGAUUACGAAGCAUGGAGGAGUCAUCCACAACAGGUACGUGGAGAGGACAACAGACUCUUUUAAGUACGAGAGGAACGCUUGAUUCAUAUCGCUGGCACAUGCAGCUGCAGGAGCCUGCAGUGCUGCGACGCUACCGUAUGAAUGAUCAGAAAGGCUGAGAGAGUCUAGAGACCUGGAUCGGUUCUGCUCAGCGACGAAUCCGUGUUUUUGCCCCGUCGGACGUGUCCGCAUAGCCGCAAGGCCAG